UUUUUCCCCCCUCCUCUUCAGUUUUGUUUUGUCGUUGUGAGAAAGUCGUGUGCGGCUGGCCAGUGGUCCACACCUUCAGACAGCCUUAUCCUUGGAUUAUUCUUUGUUUCACCUUUUUGUUGUUUAUUUUUCUCUUGAUUUUCAUUGGUUACGAAGAUCGACACUUGUUCGGUUGCUAUUAUGGACCUUGUCACCCGAAUCCUGUGUCUUUGAGGUGUAGAUGCUCCAGGCGCAGCGGGACCCAGCCUCCGUGUCAGAGAGGGACGAGGCUGCUCCCUCCUGGGCCACAGCACUCCUCUGAAACUCGGUUCGUGGUCUCUCUCUCUCGGAGCACUAACCGCUGCGGGUUCGAGAACAGGAGGAGGAGGACGACGACGACAGGGAAGCCAUUUUGUGAGGCGAAGCUGAGUCGCUCUCUGUGCAGAGACAGAAGCCGGAGUAGUCACGGCCGAGAUAUUUCAGGCUGCUCCCUGCCCUCUGAACUCCACCGCCAUGACGACUGCGGUGCAGCCCAGUGAGCUGGUGUUUGAAUUCGCCAGCAAUGGGAUGGACGAAAUCAAUCAGGUGUGCAGUUAUCUCAUCCCCACACCCGUGUCUGAAUCCUGUGGAGCAGGCUUGAUUCUGGACGACCCAUCAGUAUUCCCAGCGGUGAUUGUUGAACAGGUGCCUGCAGCCGAUCUGCUGCAGGUCUACUCAGGCCUGGAGUCGGAUGAAGUGCCCAACGGCAUCAUGGUGGACACCACCCUCCACGUGGUGGAGGAGUCAUCCAUCUUGGUGGGAGGGGUGGACCUCUCAGAAACAACGGUCUCAGGUGCAGAGGACAGCAUGGAGACAAACGAGGCUGCGGCAGCUCUUCUCAACAUGGAGUCUCCAAACAACAUUUUGGAUGAGAAACGUAUGAUUCACUCCUAUGGCACUCUGCUGGAGUCAGAGCUGACAUAUGCCCCACUGAGGCCCGACCAGAUGGACAACAGUGCCCUUGACGUGUCCCUAGACGAGGACACUUCAUCCAUGGAUGAGAUUCCCCAAAAAACUUCAUUAAAACCUCAGAAAAAAAGCAAAGUCCGGAAGCCGCGGGCGGUGCGUCCCUGCUCCCCUAUCACCACCCCUAACCUGCCACUCAGGAAGAAGAGCAAAGAGGGCAAAGGCAACACCAUCUACCUGUGGGAAUUCCUUCUGGCUUUACUGCAGGAUAAAAACACCUGUCCCAAAUACAUCAAGUGGACACAGCGGGAGAAAGGCAUCUUUAAGCUAGUGGACUCCAAAGCAGUUUCAAAGCUGUGGGGCAAACACAAGAACAAGCCUGACAUGAACUAUGAGACCAUGGGAAGAGCUCUUAGGUACUAUUAUCAAAGAGGCAUCCUGGCUAAAGUGGAGGGGCAGCGGCUGGUGUACCAGUUUAAGGAGAUGCCACCUGAUCUGGUUGUGAUUGAGGAUGAAGACACGAGCUCAGACGCCAACGCCGGCUACGGUAACCAGAGAUCUACCAAUGGGAGGUCUGUGGUCCGUGGAGGUUCCAAAGGGCACGGGCGGGCUCAUGGUCAACACCAAGUCUCAGUGAAGCAGAUGAAGAAGGAGCCUAAUGAUGAAUGUCUAUACCAGGAAGCUAAUGGUGGACACGCCGCGCAUCUCCUUCAGUCUGUUCAUGUGUUGCACGCAAAUCAAGUGUCGGGUGUCCAAGAUCCAGCACAAGCUAUGAGGACCAUCACUGCUCCUGCGUCACUUCCUAUGGUCCUGACAUCUUCCGGCUCUCUUCAGUCUGUUCCCCUCACCACUGUUCUGGCCAACGGGGACUCCAACCACUCCCCCUCUCCCCAGGUUAUUCUCCACACCAUGCCCUCCACCACAGCAGGUGGUAAAGAUGUGCUCACCAUCCAAACGGCCUCUUUAGCAGGUGGAGCCAAUAGCCUGCAGGAUGGCCUCCCGCAGCAGCUCCUGGUCACCAGUCUGGGCUCCUCCACUGUCUCCUCCUCCACCACUUCCUCCUGCACUUCCCCUCCAGGAGUCAUUAGUUCCACCGCUUCCAACCUCAACAGUCUCCCCCGCCUGGUCGCCAUCAACACCACCUGCGGCCAGACCAUGGUGGCACAGCAGCCCGGCACCGUAAUUGCCACCGUGCUCAAAUCCAGCGAUCUCUCAGGGCUGCAGGUCAAAGAGGAGUUGCUGGACCCCAGCUACUUCCAGUCGAUGGUGAACGGUGAUCCAUCACUGACGGCACAUACGUUUGAGAAGGAAGAAAUGGAGGUAGGGGAGGCAGAGCUGCAGUAUAGGACUGUGAUUAUUGAUACCAGUCAAAGUCAGGGCCAGGAGCCUGCAAGUGAAACUAUAAUUAAUGGACAUUCCUCCCAGAGUAGCAGCCCUGGUGAGGGCCUGACUCCUGUGGAGGAACUGGAAGUGCGUGGGGAGAUGUCCCUGCAGCCGGAGCAGGGAAUCAAAGGCCUGCAGGAGCUGCCGCUGUCUGUCCAGCUGCCUGCAAACUUUAUCCAGAUAAAGACAGAGCCUGCAGAGGCCUAGACUCUCUUGCGCACAAGCUGAACCAAAAACAACAAUUCUAUCCAUUUUGCCCACAGACUUGAUGUUUUCUUUUCUUACCACAGUGAUCUGAUCAGAAGCGAGGGAUCUUGCAGCGUUAUGCUCUUAAAGGUUGCUCAGGUCAGCCUCAGGAUUUAUUGUUUACUCACAUAUUUUGUGACCAUGUGCCUAAUUUUAAAAAUCAAAGUUUAGUGUUGAGUUUUUUUCUAAGAAACUUCAGAUUAGAGAUUAUAAUCUGUAGACAUGAACCCCAACACACACAGAUACAGAUACACUUAAACAGAGACACGGAUAUCACUCACAUUCACACAAACCACCCCCCCCUCCCUCCCCAGGAGAACAGCCAUCGGAUAAACCAGGGAUUCUGUCUACCAAAUGUGCCAGUUAGUAGUUUUCUUACUUUACAUCUCACUGGACUUGUAUGUUUAAAGAGGAGAAUGCAACGGACCAAAACCGGGGGACUGAAUGCCAAAUGGUGCAAUGAUAUCAGACUUCUGAGAGCAUGCAGAGUGACUGUGGGUGUUUUUUGUUCCCAUGGAUGACAGGUGGAUGUUGUGUCAUGGUGUCCAAUGUGGAGAAAAAAACACACACCUCAGAGUUUAAUGAAGAGUGCCUUACAGGAAGUUCAAACAGCUCAAGACUCUUUCUUGGAAACGUUGGGGGGAAAAAGAUGAAAAACGGACUAAAUGGCUUUUCAGACUGUCAGACUUUUAAGAACUUAUUACUCAUUUAUUUUCAUAUAAACAAAAGGUAUGCAUUUGCUCUCUAUUACUCCUAGCCUUAAAACACUGUGUUACUAUGGAAAUGGGCAUUUUCUGUCCACCAAGGACAGUCCAACAUCAACUAUUUGUAUAGAGCUGCAGACUGGAGGCACAGUAAGAUUGAAAGGCAAAAAUGGAGAGAAAGAGAGAGUACGCAGGAUAAAAUAGAUUUUAUCAGCCUCUUCUUCAGAGGCUCCAACCUUUUAAACCCUGUUUAUAUGAAAUGGAAUAUAUAUGAAUAUAUAUAUACAUAUAUAUAUACAUAUAAUAUACAAUUGAGAUUCAAUUUUAAGGCCGCAGCGAAUUUAUUUAUUUUGUGAAUUUCUAAAUUCUGUAUAAAAAUGACACAUUUGUCUUCUAUUUACAUGUGUAAACAUGAGGGAAAAUACAAAGAAUAUGAACGUUAAUACAAGGAUGCAUAUUUGUUUGUUUUUUUGUUUUUUUUUGUUUGUUUUUUUUUUGUAAGACCAACUUUUAUCAUUUGUAUAGCUUUCCAUAUAAUCAACUUUGCUGUUUUCUUGAUUUUUGGACCCCAGUGCUCAAUGCAUCAUCAUUAUUUCACUGUUAUAUUCUCUUAUUGUAGAUAGCCUCUGUUGUGUUUCUGAUUUAAACAUGUUCUGAAUGUGCUUUUUGUUUCCCCCUGUCAGCGGACAUACCUCUUUACCCUUUUCAACAGUCGAGCAGUCGAGGCUACGCAUUUACAAACAUGAUGUUCUGUUUAAUUCAUAAAGUGUCAGAUGUAUCAAUCAAUAUGUCUUUGAAAUCAUAUCUGAAGUGUCUAGUUAUUUGGUACAAAGACAUACGAGUGCUGUUCUUUUCUCAUUUCAUCUUUUCUCUUCCUCUCCUCACCUCUCCCUUCAUCUCCUCGGCUCUUGUCUCUUCUCUCCUCUCUUGUCUCGUUUCCUCCCCUUUCAUCGUACCUCCUCUCCUCUCUCGUGUGUUCUUGUCUCCUUUCUUCUCUCCUCCUCCUCUGCUGCUCUCGGGUCAGUCGAGUCUGUGCCUUCUUUAUUUGCUGUCCCAUUUUGUUAAGGACACCCCAGGCCAGCCAGCCAGGCCAUCCGAUUGGCCCCCUCGGCCCUGCUGGGGAUGAAGCCAUAUUGAUCCUGAGUGGUAUCAAAGCUAAAUUGGUUGUAUUUUCCACCCGGACUGUAGCUGCAGAGUGAGGACAUUCAGACACACUGACCUCCAUCUGCACUGGCACCGAAGGACAGGAGUUAAAUGCUGCUUCACAACCCCACAUCAGCCAAAGGGCUCUGAUUCUGCAAAGACACUCUGAAUGUAUACUUAUUUUUUGACAAUCAAUAAUUACACUGGGUUACAUUUGCAUUGAAAUCUGUCAAUCCUUGAGAGGGAAUCUGCUGCUUUUUUUUUCUUAUACAUUCUUAUAUCUGCCCUGCCUUUUCCUUAAAUCACUGUUGUCUAUGAGAUGUUGAGGUAUGUCCACUGCUCAUGUUUUGUUGCUUCUUUUGUCUCGGGUUGUCAAUGGCCUCCCUUAUGCUAAAUUGCUAAAUAUAGAAUAGAUUUUUAAGAAAAAGUCAAUGUACUAAUUAAAAACAAAAUCUUCACUGAA